AUGGCAGGAACUAGUGAUGAUCGAUGGACUAGGGAAGAAAACAAAGCUUUCGAGGUUGCCCUAGCGGCAAACUGGAACAACAUUGAGAAAGGGGAAUGGGAGAAAAUUGCUUCAUCGAUUCCGGGGAAAUCCAUUGAUCAAAUAAAAGCACAAUUCCGGCGGCUGUUGGAAGAUGUAGCAGCGAUCGAAGAUGACCGAGUGCCACUUCCUAGUUACGCAGAUGAAUAUUAUCCGAUCAAGGAAGUGAGAAGUGUCGUCCAGGAUGGUAAAGAUUGUGGUGGUGAGCCAAAAGCGGCAGAGAGAAGAGAUAUUGAAGAAGAGUAA